AUGACCCGCAGUCGCUACGAGCCUCAGCGGACGACGGACCCUUGGGAAGCUCUGGACGGGAUCCUGAAGACCACGGACACAUCAGUUUGUAAUGCAUGGAAGGAGGAGAUAGAAAAGCUUCUAGUGUUGGCUGGGUUGGCCUGCGCAGUGGUCACGCCCUUUGCGAUUGAAUCGUAUCGCGAACUAAAAGAGGACCCUCAAGAAGCCGCGGUUCAUCUUCUAUCUCAAGUCGUAAGCGCACUCGGCGGCGACCAAAGGCCGCAGGCGAGCGCCCGCGACGUCGAUUCUUACUCUCUUCUCCCGGGCGCUGGCUCUGCUAUCCGCGUCAACAUAUUUUGGUUUCUCAGCAUUACCCUUAACCUGUGCACCGUAUUUGUCGGAAUCAUCUGCUUGCAGUGGAUCCGCGAGUAUACCUAUCGCGAUGAUAACAUGUCCGCCAAAGAGGCUUCUGCUUUGCGGCAGAUGCGCUACGAGGGCCUCGUCUAUUGGCGGGUCUCUGCCAUCAUCUCUGCCCUCCCUUUGUUUCUUCAAAGUUCGCUCAUCCUUUUCUUCCUCGGCCUCCUGGAGUUCCUAUGGAACUUGAAUUGGGCUGUUGCAGCAGUGAUCACCCUCGUCGUUCUGCUUCUCUGCGCUUUCUUUUCUCUUACCACCGUCCUGCCCGCCCUCCAAUCCUUUUUCCCUCCCAACGAGCACUUUUGGACUCCACAGUGUCCUUACAAGUCGUCCCAGGCGUGGCUCUUUCACCAAUGUUUUUCACUGUUCAUUUCCAUCUCUCCUUCCCUCCCUCGCCUUGUCCGCUGGUUUCGUGGGUGUAGCGCACCGAAACAACUCACUCUCCGGCUCCAGAACAUUAAAGACUGGAUGGAGUUUGACCUCCUUUGGCGGGAGGUUCGUGAUGGAGUUCCAUGGGACUACCAAGGAGAUAUUCUCACUGCAGAGCAACUGAAAGCACAGCAAACCGAUGGCGUUGACAGUGCAUACGGUCUCGCCUCCCUAAUUCACAACCGGCAGGGAAUCAACACCUAUUCCAUUAUACACCACUGCCUCCAAGACGUGCAUCUUUUUACAGCAACACAGGUUUUGCAGAUCGCCGGGUUCAAGGCCGAGGUGGCCCUCCUGGAGCAAGCACCCCGGUCUUCAAAGCGCAGCUUUAUAGCAUUUCAUGUGCUGGACGUCGUCUUCCAGCGCGACGAGCGCCUGCGAGGGGACCUUCUUCCAUACCGAUUAGAACUCUUCCUUGAACUCGCCAAGGUACCGCAGCUUGCGCCUCACGUCAUACCCGUGGUGGAUCUAAGAGACGUCCGCAGCGACAGGAUGAAAGUCGGAAUACUCGACUACCUCGCUGAUCGCUACCGUUCGGCAACGUCAACGUACUCCCUCUCGCCAGAAAUAAACCUGGGCCUUACCCUGCUCAAAGCUGUAGACGUCACCGCCAUCCGCACGAAAUGGGAAACGUUCAAGCCUCUAGCAGAUUUCGCACUCGCUCUCCACCUUUGGUCACGCGAUCAUCCUUCUCUCUUCGAAGUAAUCCAAACAUCACACGACGACUUCAAACCCCACCUCCUCAUCUACCAGCUAUUCUGCAACAGCGAUUCUUCGCGCAACACCGUCUACUCCCUGCAAAUCAUCCAAGAGGCGUGUUCCAGCAGCAACGACCCCUUCAAACUUCUCAGUCACUGGGUUCACCGAGUGGAAUGGCGAGAACUGCAAACACUUGCGCAGCACAUCAUCAGCGACCAGCAUCAGGCAGCAGGGAAAUUUAGGCACAACGUCACAACUCUCCACCCAAUGACACUUCGACGAAUCGUUCUGGCAGAGAUUGUCCGCCAUCUCGUCUUAGUCGCGCCCGGCCUCAGAUCAUACUAUUUCCUGCAGGUCGAGUUGUAUAUCGACUUGUACUAUAGGACAGGGACGACUUGUUUACCUUGGCCGAUCCGGAACGACGAGGACCUGCGUUUCCUUUUGAGCUAUGGCUCGCCGGAGCUGCUCCGUGGACUCCUCGACGUCCUCAUCGCCAAGAUGCAACAAGGCCACUCGCUUCAAGACGAAGGGCCAACGUUAUUGUUCUGCCUGAGGAUCCUCAACCCCGUUCCUGACCUCCCUAUGUCGGACGAGAAGUCCUUUGCCAAAACCCUCAUGCACGCCAUUUUCCUUUGGCCGAGUGCCUGGCUUUCUCGCUGCCCGAAUUCCAUUGGGGAUACCACUUCUGGGUCAACGUCGAUUUCGCAGGCAGCCCUGCGGACGAUGAUUUUGUCAGCCCUCCACGAACUGGGUUGGACACGACAUUUCCCCAACGCAGAUAUACUGGAAGCUCUGAGGGGCGGUCCUGGACCCACGUCGAGCGUUACACAUCGCUUCCACUUCCUCAUGCAAGACAUCGACAUUCAAGGUCUGCUCGACUUUCUUGACAUCGUCUUCCCCUCCUCCGACGCCUCCAGCCACCCACCAUCUGCUUCCAGUCUCGAAGGUGACAUUAUUCCUAAUGAUGUUCCACUGAAGGACGUCUCGGUUUCGCUCGCCUUACUCUUCUCAAUGUGGUUCGAAAAGCUUGGGCAAAGCCGUGAUCGCGGCGCCAUCCUUCAGCUGCAGCGCUUCUCCCCACAUCGUAUCAGGAUGUACCUCCACGUCAUGUCGGCCAUCCCCGGUGUGUAUAUUCGAGGGAUGCUCCGACCUCCAUGGCAAGAUCCCACUCUCGACUUUCGAGCCGUCGAAUUCUCCAAAGUUUUAUUGGAAGUGGUAUUGAACUAUCUACCAUGGAUUGCGAUUCUGGCCAGGUCCAGUUUCGACGCGAAAACCUCUCCGUUGGACAUUGAAGCGAAGGAGCCAGCAAUCUCAGGUUUAAUGAUUCUCUCGACGAAGGAACGACGCGAUAGGGAAUUCGCAUGGUCUCUCGUCUACUCCGCUUUGCUACAAGGUCCAUCCUCCUCCUCGCCUCCAAGCUUUGAUGGGUCUCCACAUGAGUUCUCCAUUUCGCCUUCUUCCCCUUCCACCUCCGACUCGUCGCACACGCUCUGUGAACCUGAAAUAGACAAGACCAACCCUUUAUCCCAGGUCUCCUUGGAGUAUCUACGAGGGUUCUCCAACGCCAUCGCGCGAUCCCAGGGGACCUGCUUUAAUGGGGAGAGCUUCCCCUGCGAUGCACUGCACGUCCGAUUCCUGUUGUCGCUGUACCGGUCUCGCGAAGAAGGGCAUCGGAAGGUGCUCCAAUCCAAGGAAGUGGUGAAAGGAAUUCUUCGACCUUUGCGAUAUGCAACUAUUCUCAAUGCACGUAACGAACACCUCGACGAGCAGGAUAUGUACGAUUGGCGACGACUCCUUGACACUUGCAAUGAUAGGCUGGCAUGA